UAGUAGAAGUGUCAGAUGAGCAGACGCUUCAGUUAUUUCUAAUCCUACCUAAGUAAACCCUGAUGUACUAUGCGUAUAGUAUACUUCAUACCCUCCAUACCAGCAUACUAGACAAUGAAAUAAUCAGUUGGUAGAGACUAGAGCAUGUGACCCCACAAGCCUUAGGCAACCAUGCCUCGUAAACCAGAAACGAUGCAUCGCUGCAGCUCGAUUGCACGCAGCCCACAUUAACAUCUAUCUAUGCCUCGCAGGUUCCACGGUAUAAAGCCGACUACGUACAUAUUUCCGAGCCGUACAUGCCAGACGUCCUUGAGGCCUGCUCUUCAAAUGGAUAUUGCUGUGUCCCCCUUAUCCUCCGCAAAUAAUUGCUUAACCCCGAGAUUGCUUAAUCUCACGGAGGAGAGGAUCGUCUGCGAACUAAACCGCAUGAAACGGGACCCCAAGAGUCCAGACUCUAAGCACCCCAGGGUCUGUCUAGCAAUGACAGCGGAAAAGGGGCAUCACCGUUUUGGUCACUGCGUAGGACGUGGCGUCAAUGGUAGAUGCGACUAUCCAGUCGUCAAGGAGACCAUUGCCUCUGCCGAUACUACAAAUGACGUCGUCGGGUCAUGGAAAGGUAUUCAUGCGCCGUCUGGAGUCAUUGCUUGCCCGGUUCAGGGGAGCUGAGGGAAUGGGGCGAAUUUGUGCCUAAUAAAAGAUCAUGACAGCAC